AUGGGUUCCAAGGUACAUGUGUGCGCAGCAUAUUUGGUGUUACUGUUCGCCUUUACCAGCGGAGCUCAGCCCAAUACCUUUGAUGUCACAAAAUAUGGUGCGAAGGAGGGGUCGGAUAUCACUAAGGCUUUACUGAGUGCGUGGAAGGGGGCUUGUGGAGCAGCGGGUUCCGGCAAAGUCGUGAUACCAAAAGGGAAGUACUCAUUAGGCGUGGUGGAUUUGCUAGGCCCUUGCAAGGGUGCCAUGCAUCUUCAAGUGGAAGGAACGUUGGUGGCGCCAGCAAAAGCUAGCCAGCACCGCAAGAAUAGCUGGGUUACAUUGAGAUACCUGGACCGAUUAACGGUAUCCGGUGGUGGGGCCUUCGACGGACAAGGAGAAAUUGCUUGGCAGCGGGAGAGCUGUGGCGGCGGAUGCAAGAAAGCACUUCCAGUUGUAAGAAAAUCCGAACGCUACUUUACUAACGGUCAUUCAUAG